UUUAUAUACUGAUUGCCAAUGUUUGGCUGCUAAUGUUACAGCUGUUGCAGGGUAUUGUCCAUUAACAUGUAAUAAUUUGAUAUGGUAUAUUGUUGUGUUUUCGUUUUUUGUGCUUGUUCAUUCGACAUCAGAAGUUGGUUCAAUGAUGUUGACUCUAAGAUGUGUUGAUCCUCAAGAUAAAGCAAUGGCUUUAGGAUUGAUAUCUUUUGCCAUUGGCUUGUUUGGAAACGUGCCUUGUCCUAUUAUCUAUGGUGCUGUUGUUGACUCUGCUUGUUUAUUUUGGGAAGAUAAUUGUGGGGAAGCCGGAGCUUGUCGAGUAUAUGAUCCAGACAAAUUUCGAAUGGUGUUUCAUGGCCUUACUGCUGCAAUUAUGUUUGCAGCAUUUCUUGUAGAUGCUCUAGUCUGUUAUAAAGCAAGAUCUAUUCAAUUUCAAGAAGAAGAACAUGUUACAAAUGCAGAUGAAGUGAUACCUAUGAAUUCUGGUCCUUGUGGACAGUUUGAAUCAAGUGUAUAAAAGCCACUAAUGCUUGAAUGCCUUAUUACAGGAACUCCUUAAAUAUAUAGUUAAUUAAUACUGAUGGAAUUCCAUCCAUUGAGUCCUGCCACAAUAUGAAUAUUCUGGACUGCAGUUCCAAUAAUACUCAUUGUCCAUUAUGUGCAUACUUCUACACAAGAUAGUCAAUGAGCACAAUGUUUUUACUAAGCACAUUUUAGUUAUAUAUUCUCCUGUGUACAGUUUAAUUGUAUAAAUUUUUCCUUAUAAAGUUUAUGGACAAGAAAUGAAGCGUUUGUAAUGACAGAAGUACUUGCAUGUUCAUUCAGUGGAUUCCUAAUGACGUUGUUUUACACGCAAUGUGUUAAAUAUAGCAUAUUUCAGAGAAAGAGUGAUUACAUUUAUACUGUGUAUUUUCUAAGAUUAUUAAAUUUUAUCGCAGGUAAAGAAAUUGUUAUUUGAAUAUGGAAAUUUUUCACUUUUGUCAUACAUUUCAUAGAAAAUUUUCUACAUAUAAAAAUUGAUUGCUCACAUU